AAUAGUUAAUUUGUAGGAAGAUAAAAUGGAAUUCACGUACACCUUGCUGCUGCAAAUUACAUUAUUGAUGUCAUUGAAGGGUGUCACAAGUUGGCUAUCGGAAAAUGAGAAUUUCACUCUUCUUUCCAGCUGCCCCAAAACAUGCGAUGGUAUACAAAUUGAGUAUCCUUUUGGCAUUGGCACUAAUUGUUCUUAUGCUGUUGGAUUUAAUCUUACUUGUUCAUAUGACUCGGAUCCUCCAAGACUCUUGUUAGGAGAUGGCAAUAUCCAAGUAAGAAAUUUUGAUAUACAAGAGGGGUUGGUAUACAUUGAAUCGCCAUAUGCCACAUUGAAUGCAGAUUCACAAUUCAAUACAACUUCGUUGAUCAAUCUUGAGAAUUUGCCUUUCUCUUUUGGCUUAGACUCAGUUGAUUGGGAAAGUGGAAACAGAUAUAAAUAUAGAUAUAGAUAUUCAGGCAAUAACAUUUUGGCUGUGGCUGGUUGUAGUGCUAUUGCCAAUAUUGUUAAUCUUACUGACAACAGUACGAUAGAUACUUGCUUUACAAUAUGCUCUACUAUCAAUACUUCAACUACUGAGCAAGGAUAUUUGUUCAACGAUACAUAUUGUGAAAUUUACUUGGAUCCAGCAAAAUUCAGCCAGCUUUCAUGGGCUAUUCAAUUAACUCGACUCGAUGGGAAUUUGGAUCAUAUGAUCGUCAAUAGUAGCUCCAGCAUCAUGGCUAUCAUAUACAAUUUUGACGGCAUCACUAUUGACGAUGACUUCCAAAAUUUUAUAAACAAUAGGAAUAGAACUGGAAUGAUGGUCAGUCUCGAUUGGUACUUCAAUGACCAUUCAACUUGCAGAGAGGCCAAGAAGAGGACGCACACUUAUGCAUGCCGUAGUCAUAACAGUGAAUGUUCUGAUGUCCUUUUUGAAGAUGCAUCAUAUUUGAAUGAAACCAUUGGCUAUCGUUGUCGAUGUUCUUUAAAUUAUGUCGGCAAUCCCUACCUACCUGAUGGUUGUCAAUUGGAUAAUUUUACAUCCAUUCCUGCAAAAGAUUGUCAAACCAAAUGUGGAAAUGUUACAAUUUCCUUUCCCUUCGGGCUAAAACAAGGUUGUUAUCGAGAUAAAUACUUUGCUCUAAUAUGCAAUGAGACCUCCAACCCUCCAACUCUCCUAUUGGACGAAGGUUUUGUAGUGAGCAAAAUUUCAUUGAAGGAAGGCCAACUGGAGGAGAAUAUUUCUAUUCCUGAUUACUAUUUAUAUAGUAGUUCACAUUUUACUUCCUUGAAGGAACAGAGGAUCAUGAAUUGGAUAAUAGCCAACCAAUCUUGCAAGGAUGCUGCAAAAGACAACACCACCUUCGCAUGUAACCAUGAACAUAGCUCAUGUUUGGAUGUAAAAAAUGUUGGGUAUAGAUGUAUAUGCAAAGAUGGCUACGAUGGGAAUCCUUACCUUCCUCUUUCUAAUAAUGGAUGUCAAGAUAUCAACGAAUGUCAUUAUUCUUCUCCAAAAGUUUGCACUGGAGAUUGUAUAAAUACAGAAGGAAAUUACAGCUGCAUAUGCCCCCCAGGAACAUUUGGUGAUCCUUAUAGAGGAGCAUGCCUCUCUCACAAAAGAAAUUCUCUUUUACUUGGUGUCAUCCUUGGUGCUAGCAUUGGAGCAAGUCUCUUGCUCUUCUGCGUAACAUUAAUCAUUGUAGGCAAGAAAUGGAAGCAUAGAAAUCAACAGAAAAUCAAAAAAAGGAAUUUUGUAAGGAAUCAUGGUUUACUACUUCAACAAUUAAUCUCCACAAGUGAUCAAAUUGAGGAGAGAACAAGCGUAUUUUCUCUGGAAGAAAUAGAAAAGGCAACAAAUAAUUUCGAUGAAACUCGAGUACUUGGAAGGGGAGGACAUGGGAUAGUUUACAAAGGAAUUCUAUCAGAUCAACGAGUUGUUGCCAUAAAAAAGUCAAAAAUAGUUAAGACGAGUGAAAUUGAUCAAUUUAUAAACGAGGUUGCGGUUCUUUCUCAGAUCAAUCAUAGGAAUGUAGUUAAGCUUCUUGGAUGUUGUUUAGAAACUGAAGUUCCUUUGUUGAUUUAUGAAUUUAUCUCGAACGGAACCCUUUCUGAUCAUCUACAUGUUUCGCAAGAUGAAUCUAAAUUAUCAUGGGAUGAUCGUCUCAGGAUUGCCUCAGAAUCUGCAGGAGCACUUGCCUAUCUGCACUCAGCUGCUUCUAUGUCUGUCUUUCAUAGAGAUGUCAAGUCAUCAAAUAUUCUUUUAGAUGAUACUUUUAAGGCGAAGGUAUCGGACUUUGGGGCAUCAAGAUUUAUUCCUCUUGAUCAAACACACAUAGUUACUGCCAUACAUGUUACCUUUGGAUAUAUCGAUCCAGAGUAUUAUCAAACUAGUCAAUUGACAGAAAAAAGUGAUGUUUAUAGUUUUGGAAUUAUUCUUCUUGAACUUUUAACGGGAAAGAAACCUAUCUUCUCAACCAAAAAUGGGUUACAACAAAAUCUAGCCAUGAAUUUCCUUCGAGCAACAAGAGAGAACACAUUGCUUGAUCUUGUGGAAGAUCGUGUUUUGCAAGAAGGAACAAAGCAAGAAUUUCUUGAAAUCAGUAGUUUGAUAGAAAUUUGCCUGAAUUUGAAAGGUACGAAAAGGCCAACAAUGAAAGAAGUUGAAUAUAAAUUGCAAAGCAUGAGAAAGGUUAGAAUGAAAAAGAAAGGAGUUUGUAUUCUAGAAGGGAAUGAGGAUGCUGAAUGCUUACUUAGUAUGUCGUCUCACUCUUCUUCACAAAUGGUGGAUGAAAUAAGUCAAGGAAAUUCUAGGAAUUAUACCUUUGAGAAGGAGCUUAUGUGGUCACAAAAUUGCCCUCGUUAA